UUGAUUGCAAUCAUCUGCACAGUGUUGAUUCAGUGUCACGUCCCAGCCACAGGAGCUCAUGCAGCCGCUUCGCGGUCUGCUGAUGUUUGUCCCUCCGGGCGGCCCGUCCCAGCUGAUGGCUCAGCUGCCGCCGCCACGUCACACACACGGACUCCGACAAGAUGGCGUUCACGCUGUACUCCCUGCUCCAGGCCGCCCUGCUGUGUGUCAAUGCGGUGGCCGUGCUGCAUGAGGAGCGCUUCCUGAGCAAGAUUGGUUGGGGAGCAGAUCAGGGUAUUGGAGGAUUCGGAGAAGAACCUGGAGUAAAGUCACAGAUGAUGAAUCUUGUGCGGUCAGUACGGACGGUGAUGCGAGUACCUCUAAUAAUCGUGAACUCCGUAACAAUUGUGUUGCUUCUGUUGUUCGGAUAAAGACUUGUUUGACGUGACAUAGGCCGGCACAUUGAAAGACAAGCUGAACAGACGAUCAUACAUCUCCGGAGGGAGAUGAAACAUUAGACUGAGAACCCUCUGUACCGAUGAAAACUGCAGAACCCCUGUGAGGAGAGAGCUGGAAAAUGAACGUGUUGCGUAUUUGGAAAUAUUAUAUACAAUAUACACCCAAGCAGGUGGCAGGAGCAUUCCUGGAAUCUGCUCAUUGCUUCCUCAGCCGCAGCUACCAUCCUCAUCCGGCUCCCGCAUCUCACUAUACCAUUGGCUUUAAUAACUGAUAGGUAGUAUGGACCUUUGUGUUAUGGGGCUCGGUGAUACUGCAGAUAUCAGUGGAUUCAUUUUCACAGGGCCCAAACUCAAGCUGUUCCAACACACAUUAAAUGAAACCCGUAACACACAGCAUAUAUAAAGAUAUGUUGGAUAAGGGAUCUUAGAGCUGAGGCUGCCGGCAGCCAGUCAUCGUGACGGCCGCGAUCCUGACAGUUCUAGGCUAAGUAUUCUAACCUUCUCCUUCCCCUCCACAGCCUAACCCUAACCCUCCCUCCCUGCAGCUUAACUUUAACCCUCCCUCCCCGCAGUAUAACUUUAACCAUGACUCCAUGCAGCCUAACCCUAACCUACCCGUGAUACUUUCGGGAUUCUGGCGUCGGUCUUGCGGCAACCUAAACGCCGGGUUGCCAACUUACAUCCCAUAUAGAUCAGUUCACUUCCAACAUUACCAGAGAUGUCUUUCAUUAAUAUUGUUUAAUUAAUCAAUAUGGUAUCUAUUAUGCGGACUGUGUAUGGAGCUAUUUACUGAGCUGAACCAUUGUGCUUGAGAAAGACGUCUGCCUAUUCCUUAGGAACCGGAGUUUUGUGCAUUGCAAUUGCUCGUCCUUCAUAAAACACGAUAUCCUGAUGAUUCUGCAUCUUCCACCCCCUGAGCCAUCAACUUCGUAAACAUUUGCAUUGUUAAUGGUGUGCGAGGUGGUUAGGGAACUUCCACCAAACAAUCUUCUCUAGGAACCAGUGACAUCAUUGAGAGAGAGAGUGUGAGAGUGAUGUCACUUCUGGUUCUUAAGGAAUGAACUGGUUGUAUUUCAGUAUGUGUUGAGUACAGACUUAGUUAAUCUCUGUCCUUAGUUGACAUUAAAUAGGUAUUUACAAAUCCAUUAUCAUUUGAGGGAGUCUGUAAUAUAGAAGUCACAAAGUCUGAAAGAAGAGAGUCCAGCGCUGCUCACUGUACAGCGACCACGUUGUAAAGAUGCCGGAUGACGUGGAAUUAAUUGGUACAUGAACGUGGUUACAUCCUCUUACACCAUCCAGACUGCCGGAUCGUCAGGCAGCCAGCAGUGCCUGGUAAAUGUAUAAAUCUCAGUGCUGUCUUUUUAAAUGUGUUCCUCUUAUUCUCACGUACGUUCUGUUUUUUUUCUAUAUUGUUACUCGAGUGGGGAAGAAAAAUAAAAAUCUCACAAAAAGA